AGGAAAGCGUUUAGCUUCCACCCAGAUUGAAAUCUCUUCAACUAAACCCAAUUGCCGUUCAAUUCUGCCAUUUGGGUCUCGUUAAAUUUAAGUAGACGGUGGGCAGAUACGAAGACGUAGCAAGACUCAUCUCUUCCCUACAGUCCUGCUUGCUUCGAUAAUCUCCACAAAGAUAUGCAAGGUUCUAAAAACGAGAGUUCAAGAGGAAAUUUUCACAGUAUCCAGGUGAUGUUAGGCCUUCAGGAAGCUACUGACCUCAGCCAGUCACAAAUUGGAAUGAACAAUAUCAACACCAUGGGCUUUCCAUUGACCAGUCAAAUAGCAACAACUUCGGUUAAUGCUAAUCUGGCGAACUCAGUGCGCGUCCGAGAUUCGAUGACAGGCAAUGUCCAUACUAAUAACACCCUGAACCCAAAUUCUGUUGUUUAUCGGAACGCCCUCUAUAAGGAACACUUCUCUUCUGUUCCAGCUGACUCCACAAAAUCUAAGUCAACGGAGAAGAGACAAGAGACAGGAAACAAUGCUGAAAAGCCAGCCAAGAAGAAGAAAACUAGAACAACUUUUACUGCAUUUCAACUUGAAGAACUUGAAAGGGCUUUCCAGAGGGCGCCCUAUCCAGACGUGUUUGCACGUGAAGAGCUUGCCCUUAGGCUAAACCUUAGUGAAUCACGCGUACAGGUUUGGUUUCAGAACAGACGCGCCAAGUGGAGGAAAAGGGAACCACCACGUAAAACAAACUACUUGCAAACUGGCUCUACUUCAACGUUUGGAAAAACAUAUCCGACAACAACGCCCUCUCUCCCGCCCUUAAAUAAUAAUGUUAUUGAUACUUGGGGAUUCGGAACAUCUCCGUACGACUUCACUUUCCAAGCACCUUUUUCUGCUGCUCCGUACACCGGGUUUUCAAACAACCCUCAUACAAACCUACCUUCUAACGCUACCAGUGCAAGUUAUUACAACACAAUGCUGCAAACGCAAUCUAUGAAUAUGGCAGACGCUUUAUUACCAAAUUACCGUUCGUCUCCCACAUCGGACAUACAACAGAAAACGCUUAUUUCUCCUUCUAACCCAGGAUCACUGUCCACAUCCCCAGAUAAAAAAAACAUGGUCUUAGACCCAUCAGAAAACUUGGUCUCGGACCCACAGCGCUUGACAUCUCUGUCUCAUUUAUUAUUAAAGACAAAAGACAAUGCUGUUUCACCUUUACCCUCUUUGGAUUUCUUUGCCUAACAGAAAUUGACUGCAGUUUGUAGUUUACAACUACAGAUAUAUUUCCUCAUCUAUGAAAGAAAUUUCCAUGUUUUAGUCCUUUUACUUCAUUUUUUAUAAUACGUUUGUAGUGCAAUUACCCAUAUUUUUAUUGUUUUGAUAAAUUUUGAUAUUCAUUAUUCUAUAUUUUAAGGAGGAAACAACAACAACAACAUAUAUUCUAGUCGUACAGUUAUUUUAUACUGAAUUUUGUGCUUUGAAUCUUUACAAAAAAUGCUUGUUUUUACUGAAUGUGGUCUAUGGUUUAUAUAUAUAUAAUCAACUUCAUUUAGCACAUGCAAAUAUGGUGGCAAAUUCACCACAAGUGCCUUAAACCUCAACCUUAUAUAUAUAUAUACACGUGUGUGUGUGUCAUUAUUACUUUGAUAGACAAAGCCUGAUGGGAUCGUGCAUAGGGUUCUCAUUGUCUCUGUGUGUUUGUAAAUUGAAUACAUCAAUAUGCAUUAUUGUCAUUUUAUAGCCAUAUGCAAAACAUUAAAAAUAAUAUCAAAACAUUCAUUAUACUCGGUUUUAUAAAUAUUUAUUUCUGUGUUAUCCCAUAGACAUACAGUAUGUUUUAUUUUAUCAUAAACUUUAGUUAUAUAAUAUUCUUUAAAGUUUUUAUUGUGUCAGACGGUGCCAAACUAUACAGUCUAAAAUAUCUUCCAAAGUCAUAAUAUAACGUUGUGUUAUACAAUAUAUCACCUUGAUAACUUCACUGUUAUUUUUAUGUUUAAAAUAAAAGCACAAGACUCUGUGUGUGUAGUGUUUUAAGCGUUAAUUGGUAUAUAUAUAUUUUCAUUUCUACUAUAUAUUUGUAAUCCGAUAUUCAAACUUGUACAAUUAUGUGUAAUUUUAUUCACUGUCCAGCUUACCUAGAAGUUGUAUGCCUUUUUUGUAUGAGUAGUCAUUGAGUUAAACGGAACAAGGUUAAUUAGUAUAUCAUUCGAAAUGUGUUUGGUGUGUGUAUGUUCCAUUUUAAUGUCAUUUACAGUUAUGUAGAAUUUAUAAUAUGGCUUUCAGCUUAUGCUGUUUUGCACAAUAAUCUGUUGUUUAUGUAUGGGAUCGUGAAUCAAUAAAAAGCUAACAUUGUGUGUGUA